GGCUACGGUCGGCGCGCGCGAGUGGAGCGGGGUUAGAGCGUGCGGCGGAGCCGGCGGGGCAGCGGCUGUGGGAAGGGCCGUGCCGUGGGGGACAUGGUGGGCUCCAGCGAGACCGGGGGCGAGCCGUGGCGGGGCCGGUACUACCGGCUGGAGGAGGUGCAGAAGCACAACAACAGCCAGAGCGCCUGGAUCGUCCUGCACCACCGCAUCUACGAUGUCACCAAGUUUCUGGACGAGCACCCAGGUGGAGAAGAGGUCCUCAGGGAGCAAGCUGGAGGAGACGCUACUGAGAACUUUGAAGAUGUUGGCCAUUCCACAGAUGCAAGGACGCUGUCAGAAAGCUUUAUUGUUGGGGAACUUCAUCCGGAUGAUAGAGGGAAGCUUCAGAAACCAACAGAAACUCUUAUUACCACUACUCAGUCUAAUGCCAGUUCAUGGUCCAACUGGGUGAUCCCGGCAAUAGCAGCAAUUAUCGUGGCCCUGAUGUAUCGUUCCUACAUGUCGGAGUAAGCGCCUUACUGAGAUCUAAUGCAAGAAGAGACUUAUCUAGGAGAAAAUAGAAGCAAUCCUAACCCAAUACGUUUCCAGACAAAAGCGUAAUGUCUGAUGAAAAAUUCAACUUUUUCAGAAAACUGAACAAUUAUUUUCUGCUGUGCACUUUUCUUAAUGUUGCCUUCUUCGUUGCUGUUCUGAAGUGAUAAAAAGGCAGCAUUUCUCUUUUUGUAUAACAAUUUUAUUCUCUAAUGAAUUAUUUGAUAACUGUAUUGGUUUCUGUGUUAGAAUAUUGUUUUGUAUGUAACACACUGAUUCUGGUUAUUUCUCUUUAAUCUGUAAUGGGGUCCAUAGGACUCUCUUACAUAUAAAUUUUACAGCUUUAAAUGACCACCAAAACUUGUGUGCAUGUAUUUGUCCAUGUACACAACUUAACUUAAAAAAUCAUGUUGUCUUCUUUAAUGUAGUAUGUUUGAAUAAAAUGCUAAUUAAAAAUAAUGGGAAAAGCUGAGUGAGGUAGUAGAUACAGGUGCCUGUAAGCAGUUGGGCCCUACCACUCAAGCUAUAAUGAGUUGUGGUGUUGGCUAUUUUUUGUUUUGUGGGUUUUUUUGUUUCCUUUCCUCUUGACAUCUGCUCUUACAGUUGUUGUAGAUAUUCCUACUAGCAAACUGUUCUGUUUGGCUCCCAUUAUAAAAUUCAGGUGAAACAUGAAACCCAGUGUUUGGCCCAAUUAGGUCUGUCUCAGUUUUGUGAAAAGGAGCUCUUUUUGGAGAAAAAAAAAAAAAAAAGGAAGAAAAAAGUGCUAUGUAAAUUCCACUACAGGUAAUACAACUGCUACUAAAUAAUACUGUUCCUGCCAAGCACUCAGGUGACUCUAGAAUUUGAUCUGGAACUUUUAGACUUUUAUAAAAUCUUUAACUUUGUCAUGUAUAUUGUGAGGGGAAAAACUGAUAUGUGGAAUCUGUUUCUGACUGUUCUGUGAUGUGCUCCUUGGUGCUUUACUAUGAAGAGAUGACUAUUUUCACUGCUAAGUAAAAGAUAACUGAAAGUUUGCAUUUUGUGGUGAAUAUUUUUAGUCAUAUGUAAAUGAUCAUGAAUAAAAGUUUAAUUGCUUA